UCAAGAUGGGCGCCAAAGUGUGUGGCAUCUCAUGUCGGCACCGGCAUACUGAGACUGUUGACAUCAGUCAGUCUUUUGAAUUUUUGGGGCCCUCGGUAAGUAUGGGUAAGUAUUUUUUAGAUAUGAAGAAGGAGCUGCUAAUUAACAUACAGAAAGAAAUGCGGAUAGCAGCAGGGGCGGAAAAGAUGUUCAGUGUCACCAAGGACAGGAAGACUAGAGCCCGGGUAAAGGAGCUGAGGAGCAGCAGCGAGAAAAAGGUGAAAGACCUUUACACCUCUCUCCACAAGCUGAAUGAGGAGAUUGCGCAGUGGAGGGAAGAAGAGAAUGCUCCGGGUAAGAUAUAACAGUCUCUGACCUCUUUCCUAUUGCCAUUAUGUGGGAACCUGUGUGUCAUCAUAACAUCACAUCCUUAUAUCUCUCAUAUGUUCUCUUUUUUCAGAAGCAGUACAGGAGACAACAGAGAAUACUGGAGAGAUUGGUGUAGAAUGCCCAACAGAGGUCACUGAGCCUGAGGUUCAAGUUAUUUCAGAACCCGCCAAUGAUUCCUCCCAAGUGAGUACAUUACACUGAUGUAAUUCAUUUCUUGCACUGAACACAAUCAUUGCCCUUUUCAUCACCACAUUCAUUAAUUGCAUAUUUGUCCCUUAUUUGAUGCAGCAUCAACAGGAUGAUUCUGCUGAAGAACCUGUGCCAGAGGUAGAACAGCCACAGGUGCCAUCAGACAGGUAAGGAUUUUUUGGAGUUUCUCAGAGGCCAAAUUAAAUUCCUGCCCCAUACUUUCAUCAAAUACGAGAAAUAACAUUUUAAUAAAUAAUUUUAAUACAUUUUUAUA